UUUCUCGUUGAGUUUUUUCUUCUUUCGAGUGUUACUGGUACAGCCUUCGAUCCUCUCCUCUCCAUCAGCCCACUCAUCACUCACUCACUCCCACACUACUAGCAACUACAGCACUAGCUAGCAGUAUGAAGGUGUUCAAGAAGCUCAGGAAGUCGAUCAGUGGUCAGCGCGAUCGCGUGACUUCGACUUCCACGGCGACUUCGACUGUGAAUGUAAAUCCGUCAGUCCAAGACUUUUUCACGGUCAAGGAUCUCAAGCAAGCGCUCUUAGGCAAAGGUGGCAAAAAGAAGAAGAAGAAGAAGAAGAAGAAGAAGAAGACGUUGUCCAUCAGCACAGCAAGCACCGAAGGCACCGUGGAAUCUGCAACGGACGACUCCCACUGCGCUGAUGAGUCACUAGUAGAACAAGUCCCGGACCACGAUGCUCUGGCGUGGAAACUCUCCAAUCUGGAUGUGGCCAACAGUGAGCCUCAGACCAUGGAAAUGGAAGUCCAGCGUCUCACCGCGUUGCAAUCCUACUUUAUACUCGAUGCUGAAACUUCCGCCGAAUUUGACAGGAUCACCGAAAUGGCCUGCAAAGUGUUCAACGUCCCUGUCGCGUGUGUCACCAUGAUUGAUCUGGGGCGUCUUUGGUUCUUGACCGCAACAGGCAUUCCCAAUGCCAAUGGAAUCGAAGCGCCGCGAAAAGUCGCCAUUUGUGCUCAUGUCGUCAAGACAAAUCUCUCGUGUCUCGUCGUACCGGAUGCCUCCAAGGAUGAGCGCUUUCGAGAUUCGCCACUCGUCGCGGAUCCCAAUGGUCCCGCCAUUAAGUUCUACGCAGGAGUUCCCUUAAAAGUACCGGAAGGAGCCAAGCUUGGAACCUUCUGUAUAAUUGAUCAGAAACCACGGCAUGAACCAUUCACGCAAAACGAUCAGCAAGUAUUGCAGGAUAUGGCCGCUCUGGCCGUUAAUGCUUUGGUGGCUCGUCGCAACAGACUACUCAAACAAGAACAAGAUGCCAAAAUGCUAGAGUUGGCGGAAUCAUACGCCGAAAUGCACAGUUGCCUCUGCAAGGCACAGUCCUGUGUACAACGAUCUUCCUCUGUUGCCAGUAAGUCCAGACGGUCCUCGGGAUUGGGCAGUUUCACUGGCGACAACACCAUUAUUUGGGAAGAGACCAAGAGUACUGACGGUCAUGUACAGGACGAUCAAUAUGUCGAUCACGAUCACCAAGACGAUGACAGCACGUUUCACUCCACUGUCUCGUUUGAGGCACUCGCAGAUGAAAUCAAACUGCAAGCGGACAUUAGUGCCGCAAAUGCCAGAACCAUCGUCAUGGAAGCCACCGAAACAGCGCAAUUCGAAUUCGAAAAUAUGCAAGUCUUGGAAGAUGCCGAUGCGCAGGAGCUACAAAUCGCCAAGAAACGCAUUCCCCCGGCGUAUGUGCGACUCCUUCAACAAAAUCAAAACAACAACAACAACGGAGAAGACAACUUUAGCGUGGGAUCGCGCUCGCUACGAAGCAAGGGAACUGGUAACCAUGCGCACACGAACAAUAAGAAAACUGUGGAUGCUCCUGACAGUAUUCAUGACGCUGUCAAUGCCAUGGACGUGUUCCAAAACCUCAACGAUAUAUGUUCCCGGUUCACACGUCCCGUCCCCAUCUACUUGGAACUGCUGGGAAAUGUACCAGUGACAAUGCACUGUCGUGGUUCCGACUUGCUGAUCUUUCAAGCCACCAUGUCACUCCUGGCCAAUGCGAAUUCUAGAAUACACAAGUGGGAUACCGACGAAGACGAUGGUAUGAUCCACCUCAAACUCAAAACAAUCAACGGUGGAACCACGCUUGUCGUCGAGUGUCAAGACACGGGAUGCUUUGCUGCGGAAUGGGAAGGAUCGAUGGAAUUCCACAAUCCGCGUUCGUUACUGUACCCAGUGCGGAAAAUCAGCAGGUCCCUAGGCGGAGACUGCGGAAUGAGGUUGGGUUGUUUUGCAGAAGAAGACGGAAUGGGAGAUUCCAAGGCUGGACACAUGAGAGCGGAUGCCGAACAAGCGGGAGUCGAGCUACUGGAUGAUGUCGAACACGAGCAACAGUAUUGUAUCUUUUGGUGGAGCAUGCCGUUGGUGAUGAUGGGGGGCGCAGACGAUGGACUGGACGGCUCGGAUAGUUUGAACUCUGCGACAGAAGAGGAGAGGGAGGAGGAGGAAGAGCGCCAGACCAUCUUGAAGGUACACGAAUCCACUGGGAAAAGAAACAAGUAGAGAAGAGUUGAUACCGUACAGCGCACAGUACACAGUACACUAACUUGUGCAAAGAUAUUAAAAUGCACAUAGCUGAG